AUGCAUCUUACCGUUGGGUGCCGCUUCGCUUCCACUUCGGGGCCCCAUGGGAGUGAAAGGAGACUCCCCACUGUCUCUUCACCGGCUCUCUCUGACUGCUCUCUCACGAUCACCGACCCCUUUGUCAUCUACCAAAACUACGUGGCUCGCGGGAUCUUGAAGCCAGACGAGGCCCAAAUGCGGGCAGCCAAGGAGUUCCAGAACUUGUACUACCGUGUCAAGGACUACGAGCCGUUGGAGGCCACUCAGGUGCGGUUCAACUUGUUGUUGCGAAAGUUGGAGACCAAGUAUGAGAUGAACCGAACCACCAAUAACUCGAGACUCUUGGAGCUUCUCAGCUUCAAUUCCGCUAGCAAGAGGGAACGGGAUAACCGAGCCAUGAUCAAAGUCUUGACGGACGAAGAGGAGUUGAAAAACUUCCCGUCUCCUCAUGGACUCUUGGUGAAUGGAGAUGUGGGCUGCGGUAAAUCCAUGUUGAUGGACAUUUUUGCCCACUCGUUGCCACACGACUCCAAGUGUCGCUGGCACUACAGCAACUUUAUGCUUUGGGUGUACGGGGAGAUACACCAGAUCCAAAUGAGACGGAAGUCCUACCCCAGCCAGAGACUCUCGAUGGCAAAUGAGUUUAUUCUCUUUGAGAUUGCCCAGAAAAUGAUCCAGCGCAACACGGUUCUUCUCUUGGAUGAGUUCAUGUUACCAGAUCUCGCGGCGGCAAAUAUUGUGAAGAUUUUGUUCACCUUCUUCUUUAAGCUCGGUGGUGUUUUGGUUGCCACGUCUAACAAAUUGCCGGACGACUUGUAUUCCAACAAGUUCAAAAAGUACCAGUUCCAGGCGUUUUUGUCGGUUCUCCAGGCCCGUUGUCACGCUAUCGACAUGAACUCUGCCAACGAUUACCGUGUUAUCUUGUCCUCCGAAUCAUCCAACCGAGACUUUCCCCCAUACAUGGUGCACAAGACGGAUCCCAACCAUCGCAAAGCCUGGGUGGCGUUACUAGCUGAGGUGGACACAUUGAAUGAACCAGUUUCCUCGACACUAGCCGUGUACGGUCGUGAAAUCGCCAUCCCAUGGGAAAAGGACGGAGUGGUGAGAUUUGAGUUUGACUAUAUUUGCAAGGGGCUGUAUGGCUCCAGCGACUACAUCUCCUUGGCGUCACGAUACCACACGUUCAUCAUUGAUAACGUUCCGGUGAUGACAAACAGCAUGAAGUACGAGGCUCGCCGGUUCAUCACCUUGUUGGAUGCAAUCUAUGAGGCCAAGUGUAAGCUCCUCUUGCAAACAGAUGUCCCCAUUGACAGGCUAUUCUUCCCUGAAUCGGAGGUCGGAGCUGAUACAGCCGACGGGAUUUCAUACGUUUCAAUCACGCAGGCGGAAUCCAAUAUUGUGCAGCUACAGAACGAAGAGAUGUUCUCUAAAACCUUCAUGGAACCAUACAGACCCCACACCGUUAUGUACGACAAUAACAGCGAAUACAACGAACCGGUACGUAAGGAAGGGCAGAAAGAGGUGGAUUUCAAAGACAUCAAAGCGUUCACGGGAGACGACGAAAAGUUUGCCUUCAAGCGAGCAGUUUCGAGGAUUAAGGAGAUGACGGGGUCAGAAGCAUGGCGGAACGCCGAUAAAUGGGUACCGUUGGACAUAUCCAUGCGCCCGUGGGAACACCAGAACAAGGUGUAUGGAAAGCGGAGUGUGAAACAGCCCACGGAGGUCCCCGACGCUAUGGAGAUUUCUGAUAUCCGUAUUUAG